AUGUACAACAAUCGCCCCCAUCCCUUGCUGGAACAGGUCCCCCUCACCGUCUCGCCCUUCAUCUCGCUCCCGAGCGCCACCACCCUCUCCUACAACUACAAGACGAUGCCGUCCAACAUCCCGCCCUCGCCGCUGGGCAUCCCCACGGCCGCCGACGACUCGUCCGCCGAGCAGCAGCCGAAGCCGCGAUUCAUCGUGUCGGGCACGGGUCACGCCGCGUCGCCCGACGAGAUCCUCGAGUCGUGCCACGCGCUGCUCAAUCACGUGACGGCGCUGCAAAAGGACGCCGAGCGCGACCUGCGCGAGUUCGAGGAGCGCAUCAGGGAGCGCGAGCUGGCGGAGAAGAGGAGAGUGGCACCCGGGUGGCUGGACAGCGAGUCGCGGCUGCUGGAGCCCGAGCGCACGUCACCGGUGCAGCAACGCGGGCCGGGCGCGGCGCCGACGACGACGACGGAACAGAAGCAGCCGCCACACCAGCAGCAGCAGCAGCAGCCGUCACAAGAAGAGCACGACGAAGGGGCGGAGCUGGACAGAGCCUUUGGCGGCAUGGGGCUGAAAUAG